CAAACUCCAUUCCUUCCCCCUUAAACCCCUCCAUUAUAUAUACACAUAUAUACAUAUACUUGUAUAUAUAUAGCCCCCCCGCAGAUCCCAUUUUCAGAGAGCUCUCACCUUCCUCUUUCUCUCUCUAAUUCAGCUAUCUUAGAGCGAGAAAGAAAGGGUCGUCCCAACCCAACAAUGGCUCUCUCAAACGCUUCAACUCUGUCCUCCAAAUCUCUCUGCAACACCAACAACAACAAAACCCACUUUCUGUCUCCCGCUUCCGACUCCCACCAGCCCACUUUCUCUCUCCUCCCCUCCAAGAAAACCAAGCGUCAAAUUCAUCCCAUCUCCGCCGUCCACGCCGCCGAGCCCUCCAAGAAUGGCGUCGUGUCGGAGAAGCCUCCGUUGCCCGCGGUUUCCGGGAAAUGGAGACUCGACAGCUGGAAGAGCAAGCCGGCUCUGCAGCUUCCGGAGUACCCGGACAAGGCGGCGCUGGAGUCGGUGCUGACGACGAUCGAGGCUUUUCCGCCGAUAGUGUUCGCCGGAGAGGCGAGGAAUUUGGAGGAGAGGCUGGCCGAGGCGGCGUUGGGAAAUGCGUUUCUGUUGCAGGGUGGGGACUGCGCCGAGAGCUUCAAGGAGUUCAGCGCCAACAACAUUAGGGAUACUUUCAGAGUGCUUCUUCAGAUGAGUGUUGUUCUCAUGUUUGGUGGCCAAAUGCCUAUCGUCAAGGUGGGAAGAAUGGCGGGUCAAUUUGCAAAGCCGAGAUCUGCGCCAUUCGAGGAGAAGGAUGGUGUUAAGCUUCCUAGUUACAAAGGGGACAACAUCAAUGGUGAUGCAUUUAAUGAGAAAUCCAGAAUUCCGGACCCUGAGAGGUUGAUAAGGGCUUAUUCCCAAUCUGCAGCAACUCUGAACCUUCUUAGGGCCUUUGCCACUGGAGGUUAUGCAGCCAUGCAGAGAGUCAGCGAUUGGAACCUUGAUUUUGCCGAGCACAGCGAGCAGGGAGAUAGGUAUCAGGAGCUGGCGAAUCGGGUUGAUGAGGCCUUAGGGUUUAUGGCUGCUGCUGGACUUACAUUGGACCAUCCUAUCAUGACUACAACUGAAUUCUGGACUUCCCAUGAGUGUCUGCAUUUGCCUUAUGAGCAAUCUCUUACAAGGAAGGACUCAACUUCUGGGCUGUACUAUGAUUGUUCUGCUCACAUGCUUUGGGUUGGAGAGCGUACUCGCCAACUGGAUGGUGCCCAUGUAGAGUUUCUAAGAGGAGUUGCUAACCCACUUGGUAUCAAGGUAAGCAACAAAAUGGAUCCAAAAGAGCUAGUUAACCUCAUCGAAAUCUUGAAUUCCAAUAACAAGCCAGGAAGGAUCACUAUAAUCUGUAGGAUGGGUGCUGAGAAUAUGAGGGUCAAGCUUCCUCAUUUGAUCAGAGCUGUCCGCCAAGCAGGGCAAAUUGUGACCUGGGUCUCUGACCCGAUGCAUGGAAACACUAUAAGUGCACCCUGUGGACUCAAGACACGUCCCUUUGAUGCAAUUCUCGCCGAGGUGCGAGCAUUCUUUGAUGUGCAUGAGCAGGAAGGGAGCCACCCUGGAGGAAUACAUCUAGAAAUGACAGGCCAGAACGUGACGGAGUGCAUUGGAGGGUCUCGGACAGUGACCUUUGACGACCUGAGGGAUCGGUACCACACACACUGUGACCCAAGAUUGAAUGCUUCCCAAUCCCUUGAGUUGGCCUUUAUCAUUGCUGAAAGGCUGAGGAAGAGGAGGAUGGGGACUCAACGUUUGCUCUCUGUGAGCCUCUAAAGACAGUCCUACAUUCUUUCUGGUCGUCAAUUUUUUAAUGUAUUAUGGGUGUAAUAAGUUUGGCAUAGAGCUAGCUAUCCCCCAAACAUCACAUUGCAGCCACCACUUAUUUCCCCACCAACUUAGGGAUGGUCCUAAUAACUAAAAGAGCAACUUGAGGGAUUCAAAAGAGAGAUUGUGGGCCUUUUACAGAAUAUGGUUCUAGUAGUUUCUUUUUUUUUUUAUAAUUAUUUUAGUUAUGAGAAAAAAAGCUUUUGAGCUGUAUUUCUCAUUUAGUUUGUAUUUUGGAUUUGAGUUUAAUUUCAUGUACUUAUUUAUGGACUUGUUUGGACAAAAAGACUUAAUAAAGAAAACCCAUUUGUGGGGAAGUUGAAGAACACAA